AUGCCGAUUUCGAGUCUGCGGCGAUGCACGAAACUUGGAGACUUUGCCUGGCCCUCAAAAAUUGCCGCGAGGGCCCUCUGGCGCUGUGUCUUUGCUAGUUCAGGUGCUGACACAGCUCCGUCCCACGACGAGCACCAUCGUCCGCAACACUCGCUCAAAAAUCCAUCUCUAGGAGGGAAUAAAACAGGACAAGUCGGUGUGAAGCUUGUUUCGCAGCUUUCAAAGCCACCUCUGCGUGGCUACGCCGUUAUCCGGCAAACCGCCCUUGCCGCAUCGCCGAGUAACUCGGUGCCUGCACCAGGGGAGGUGAUGGGACGGUAUCACGGAUCAAAUCACAUUACUACCGGCGGCAUCAUCACUCUGUGGUACUGCCGGGGCCUCCAUGCAGCUCGGGCGGGCAAGCAUCAUGUUGGACAGUCCAGCGUCACAAAGGCGCUUACAACUAACUACCUGCCUAGGCUUCCAGGCACGGGUAGCCCCGGCUGGAACCAGAACUCGUACGGGGACCUGUGGUAUUUUGAGGCGAUUCCCCAGAUCGACCGACAAGUCGAGCAUUAUGACGAGAAGACAGAAUAUGCCAUGAUUCUGUGUGGCGUAUCAAAAUGUGGCGCUGGGAUCAACUUCCUCCUCCGAGGCCAGAAUUCUCGGCGUGCCCCGGACGAGUCUUGCACACCAUCAACCCUAAAGCUAACCACUUGCCAUAGUAUGCGAUGGUAUUUGGUAUCAUGGAUUGCUAUGCGCGAGCUCCAAUUUGGUGGUGACCGCAACCAUCUCGUCAUCAUUACGCCAAACUUGCUCAACCGCCAACGAUUGGGCCUCAACAACAGCAUACUUGGCCAGCUCCACAGCACUUCUGUGCAUCAACAACGCCACACUUCCAGCCUCGCGUCCAUGUUCCAGUUGCUUUCAUCUCGCUCCUCGGAAAGAGGCAAGACGCCCGACGCGAUAUUGCUGCUAUGGUCUCCUGGGUCCCACAUCUACGGAGAAACUUUGUUGUCAGGCGCGGGUGCUCUCGCCCUAGCCAUUGUUGAUGAAAGUGAGGCUGACAUUGUCGAGGUGGGCCAAUACUAG